AUGCCCCGUGGGCGACCCUGGAUGCAGGAGGAGGUUAGCAGCCUCCUGGCUCUGGUGGAGGGCUCGGGGGAGGCCACGCUGCUUAUGGCCUCCACGUCGCGCCCCAACGAGGCUCUGUGGCAGGAAAUCUCCCGGGGUCUGGCGGCUGCCGGCUACGGGCGCAGCGUGGCUCAGUGCCGCUCCAAGUGGAAGGCGCUCAAGCAGGCUUUCCACUCUGAGCGGGAGACACGCCGAAGGGCAGGACACCAUUCGCCCCGCUUGCCCCCACACUACCGGGCCAUGAAGAGCAUCUGGAAGGCGGCUGGGCGGCCCGUCUUUGGCGAGCGCAGGAUGCCAGACCUGGUGAAGCAGCCACCCAGGAAGCGCAGAUCAAGCCUUGCCACCUGUUCUCCAUCGUCACCAGAGCCUCCAGAGCAUGAUGCUGGCGGGGACACCUCAGGCAUGCUGCUCUCCCUGCUGCCGCAGGGUGUGAAGGAUGAGCCAGAGAGACCGUUGCUGUGUGCUGCUAUGCCGCUGCUGCCUUCCAGCCCAGAGCUGGCUGCAUUGCAGUGGUCGCUUCUCACUACAGGCUCUAGUGUGGCAGGCUUGCUGCAGAGUGUCCAGCAGCUCCUGGUGCAGAUCCUGCAGACAUCACGGCAGCAGCAGGCACUGCUGGAGAGCCUAGCCAGUGACACCAUCUCCCAUCUCCACGUCCUCUCCCACAGUCUGGAGCAGGUGGGAGAGACCCUGCACCAGCUCCUGCUCCAUCCACAGAUCCACCCCAGACCCUUUGGCCACUACAACCCCCACAUGCCCAUUUUCAAGGGUGGCACAAGGGUGACAUGCUCUACUGGCACUCUUCACACCUCCCCUGAUCACAAAGAGGAUCCUCGGAUGUCUCCUACCACCAGCUGCAUACCUCUGUGAGUGCCAGCAGCCCCAGGGCCAACAGCUUUACUACACAGAUUUGACAAAUCCUUACAGCAGAGGCCCCAGGUAUUUUGGAAUUUUAUAGAAG